UAAUUUGCACUUUUACAAUAUUUUUAUGCCAUGAAAGUGUAUCAUACAAUUGAUCUACAUAGAAAACCUUUCCAUCAGUUUAGGGUAGACAAGUUUAAAAACAUAAAAUACAGUUAGAUCUGAGAAAUAGUCCUCACUGUCUGUCAUUUUACAUAAAACAACCACCUGUUAUACAUGCCAUACUUUAAAACCUAUAUCAAAUAGAUUUAUUUGGAAAAAACAUCAACAAAUAUGUAAUGCAUAUUUAAACUAGAAGUGAACCUGUUGGUAAUUAUAUCAUGAGAGACAGAUAAACACAAUUACACAAUGGCAUAAAUAUAAAAUAUAAAAAACAAUAACAAGACCACUCCCCCAUGUCUUCUAAUGCACAACGUAUCUCCAUCACAGUCUUGGCACUGGGGACUGGAGUCUUGUUCGGUGCCAUAGGGGUUUAUAUUUAUGAAUCCGUCACAAAGAAAAAUAAAUGUGAAAAACUUAAGCAAUCAUUGAAGGAGCUUAAGGAGGAGCUGAAAGAAUUGAGGAAGGUCCAAAAGAGCAGAGCUUCUUUGACUGAAGCCAUUGGCACAUCACCUAGUGUUAUUGAUGGAGAAGAAGACGAAUUUUUUGACUUUUCUAACUCAGAUGAUGAUUUAAAUUCAGAAGACCUGUCAACAAAUUUCAAAUACAUAGACAUGGUGCUAAAAGACUUAGAAGGAGAUAAAAUAGAAGUCCUUCAUACUUUACUGGAGCUGUAUGAUAAGGAUGAUAAAAACUGUCAAAUUUUAUGGAGAUUAGCCAUGGCCUGCUAUCAGAUAUCGCUGCAGAGGGAAGGCAACGCAAAAAAAGAUUAUAUAAAUAAAGGUAUAGAAUAUGCUAGAAAAAGCCUUGCUCUUGAUUCUUCAAUUUCGGAAGUUCACAAAUGGUAUGCCAUUUGUGUUGGUGCGAGGGCAGAAUGGCAAGGGACUAGGGAUAAAAUAAGAGACGGUUUAGAGUUUCAAAAUCAUGUCUUAAAAGCUUUAGAAAUAACGCCAAAUGACCCAACUCUCUACCACCUUUUAGGUCGAUUUCAAUAUGAGGUUGCAGGGUUACCUUGGCUACAACGCAAAGCUGUUGAAGCCAUUUAUGGGCCAAUUCCACAAUCAACAUACGCAGAGGCGAUUUCAUCUUUGACCAAGGCCGAUGAAUUGGCAUUACGCCCUUGGAAAGAAAACAAACUUUUCAUUGCAAAGUGCUUUAUUGAACUUGGGGCAGACUCUGUCGCAUUAGAGUGGCUUGAAAAAGCUCAGAUGGCACCAGCAGAAAAUAUAGAAGAGAGGAAGAUUGAAGAAGAAAUCCAGAUCUUAAUUAAAAAAUACCAAACAUAGUGAAGUAAAGUCUUAAAAUUAAAACCUACAGACAUUAAAUCUUUGGUCUGUUGUUUGUGUAAAUAAUCAAAUUUCAUUGUAGACUAAUGUGAACAAACAUUAUUUUAUUGACUAAGUUACUUUUACUUGAAUAAAUAUGUGAUAGUUAUAGAAA